ACUUGGUGUCAGGUCCCGUUGGCGUACCAGGGCUUGCACUCAUGUUGAUGCAAUAGCUAACCCAAUCUAGUUGUUGCAGGUUUGCCGCCGCCACAACGGACGAGUAAGUGCCCUCAAUUCCCUUGUAAAGCUCUAGCUACCCCGCCGCUGUUUUGGCGAACACAGCAGUUGGUUUGCUUUGACUGCUACCCCGGUCCUGCUGCUGGGCUCAGCAAACGGGCGUGGUUAGGGAGAGAGAAGGGCUCAUCACUACCGGGAGUAGUAUCGUUCGACACACCCUUGUUUCUGCCAAUGGCGCACGAGAAGCGAAGAGGCGGCACGGAAGACAGCAGGACGGCAGCGUGGAACAUAGGUCAGCAGCACAUCUCCAACGACAGCUCCCUCGGCGGGGACGAGUUCUACGACGCGGUGGAAGAUGUCAGCAGCAGCGGCGGCAGGGGCCAGCAGCAGGAGCAGCAGCAGCAGCAGCAGCAGCAGCAGCAGCAGCGCCCGUCCGCGUCCUCCUCCACCUACGGCACCUCCUCCUCCACCGCCUCCGCCUACGGCAGCAACAGGAGCGCGCGCGCGAGGUCCUCCAGCGCCGGCAACCUGAUGCCGAAUGCGGAGGCGGCCGAGCUCAUGAAGCUCGUCGCCUCCACGAACAGCAGCGUCAAGCUCGACCUUUCGGCCUUCUCGACCGCGGGGGAGUACGUCGAGGCAAGCCCCGUGCUGGGCCGCGACGGGUUCUCUGGCAGUUCGAGCAACCCCUUCUGCGAAGACGCACCGCCAGGGUUAGCUCAGAACGUGGAAUCGGAGAAGAAAGGAGGAGAAGGAGGAGGACGGAGAGCGGAGGGGGAAGAGAAGGCGCCUCCCGUCGUGGAAGAGAAGGCCGGAGCGGCGACGGCGGCGACACCGCCGCCGCCACCGCCGCCAUCCGGGGAAAGCAACAACCCGAAGAAGCCACCGCCGCUGCCACCGAGAAGGCCGGCGAGCCACACGCUGACGGACCAACACCCGCCGCAGCCUUCGGCAGCUACGGCAGGGGAAGGGUCGGGGGGACACUCCGGCCCGGCGUCCCCCAGGUCGACGGUGUCGAGCGCGACGUGCGACAGCAGCGGCGGCGGCGGCCACGGGAACGGUUCAGAGGCGGGACCAGGCGUUGGGUCGGUCGAUCCCUCGACCGGGGACGAUGGAAUCGCCCGCGCGAAAUAUCUGGUGGUGAACAAGGCGAGAACCUUACUGAUGUUGGUUUGGGACACUGGGAAAAACUUCGACGUCCGCGAGAUGGAACAGCACUUGCCUACCAACAACUACACCCUCCUCCCCUCCCGCAAAGACCUGAUCGAGCGAGAGAGGCGCCGAUCAUCGGACAGCCCCGUCCCCGUAACCCCAACGCCGCCGGUCACCAACUCCUCCACCGAGCCCUCGUUGUCGACGGCGGCGGCAACGGGGCCGGCAGCGGGGGCGGCAAAACCAAACUCGCCGUCCCCGCGUUCUUCCCUGUCCGCCAGCGUGGCCGCGUCCAUGUCCGCGGCGGUCGGCUCGACGACCAGCAGGAAGGAAAAGGCUAAGAGCCUGGGCAGCAUGAUGCGAAGAAAGCUGGGCAAGGUGAAGACGGCGUCGGGAGCUUCGUCCUCUUCCCAUCCCUCUUCGUCUUCUCUCGGCGGCAGCGGCGUCGGUGGGGGUGACGCGUUGGUAGACGUUGACGGCAGUGGCGGAGCAGGAGCUGCAGGGGAAAGGAGUUCGGUCGGGAGCGGCAUGGGAGCCGCGGCGAAGGCGGCGCGCGGCGCACUCGCCGGCAUCCGGGUGUCGUUCAAGGGGAAAGAGGCGUCCGAGACCCUCACGGGCCUGAUGCUCUUCCAGGAGCUCUGGUGUCACGACGGACCGAUCUGGGCGGCCGCGUUCAACCAGAGCGGACAGUUCCUCGCCACCGCCGGGCAGGACGCGCGGAUACUAUUGCGUAAGGUCGGGGACACCAGGGACGACCUCCCGGGCGAGAAGGCCGGCGACGGCGAUAGCGGCGGCGACGGAGGCAUCAAGGCUGCUGCGCCUGAUUCGACUUCGACCGGUGCGGAGGGCUCAGGGCGGCCGCGGUCUCAGAAGGGGAGGCCAGAGGCUGGAACUGGAGGAGUGGAAUCAGUAGAUGGCGGUACCGGUGGCGAUGGGACUGUGUCAGAGGACGCCGCCACGAAGGGCAGUGGUCGACCGCCCUUAAGCGGAAGUGGCGAGGGGCGAGGGUCCGACGGGAGGGCGUUGUCGACCGUGAUGAUAGACCCGGAUCCGUGGCAGAUCUGGGAAGCGCACAAGGGGGACGUGGUGGCCAUCUCGUGGUCGAGGAACGACUUCCUGCUGUCGGCCUCUCUCGACAAGACCGUGCGGCUGUGGCACACCACCCAGGCCAGCUGCCUGCACUGCUUCCAGCACGCCGACACGGUUACCUCGGUGGACUUCCACCCGCUCCUGGAGCACUUCUUCCUGUCGGGCUGCUUCGACAAGAAGAUCAGGGUGUGGAACAUCCGGGACGGCCGGGUCCAGGAGUGGCAGCAGGCGCCGGACAUGGUGACCGCGGCCAAGUUCAGCCUGGACGGCCAAAUGAUCGUGGCCGGGCUCUACAUGGGACAGGUUCUCUUCUACCAGACCGAGGGCAUGCGCUACUUCACGCAGAUCGAGUGCCGAAAUCGCAGAGGCACGAAGAAGCGCGGCUGCAAGGUAAGCGGCUUCGCAUUCAGGAGGACGGCCUUCGGAGGAGGCGACGAAGCCGGCGGCGGCAAGAAGGACGCCGGGGCAGACGGCAGCAGAGCCGGCGGCGUCGGCGGCAGCAAUCGAUCGGCCGGCUCCUCGCCUACGGGGGGCCGCCGCAGCGAGCCGGUCACGUCAUCGCCGGCUUUCGGGGGCUCCGUCGGGCGCAGCGACGAGGGCGGGGCAGUAGGGGGGGUGGGUGGCGUCGUCGCCGGGGGCGCGGGGUCUCACGUCCCCGAGCAGCUCCUGGUGACGACGAACGACUCCCGGCUGCGGCUGUACAACACAGACGACUUCGGGAUGAACGCCAANGGGGUGGGUGGCGUCGUCGCGGGGGGCGCGGGGUCUCACGUCCCCGAGCAGCUCCUGGUGACGACGAACGACUCCCGGCUGCGGCUGUACAACACAGACGACUUCGGGAUGAACGCCAAGUACAAGGGCUUCGCGAACGACACCCUGCAGAUCACGGCCACGUUCAGCGAGGACGGCAAGCAGAUCAUCAGCGGCUCGGAGAAUGGCAAGGUCUACGUAUGGAGCACGGGCGUCGUUGCAGGAACGUCCCCGUCCAUGCUCCCAGGAGUCGGCGGCGGCGGAGUCGGCGGCGGCGGCCGCAUCCCGGGGGCGGGUGCGUCCGCCGCCGCCGCGACCUCCCCCUCGCCGGCGGUGGCGCCGACCCAAAAGGACACCAACACCCGCCACGAGUCCUUCCACGCGACGUCGGAGGCUCCCAAGAUCGUAACGACGGCCUGCUUCGUGCCGGAGUCGACGUCGCGGGCGUGCGUGCGAGCGGUGAGGGGCGGGCUCUCCGGGCCGGUGGAGGAGAGCGGGGGCUACGGCGGUUGCAUGAUCCUGGCGACCGACUACAACGGCUGCGUCCGCGUGUACUGCAAGUCGGCAGUGCUGCUGAGCUAGGUUUUUGAAAGUUAGUGUGCUGUGCAUGCCAAGCAGGCAGGCAGCUGGGAUGGUUUGUGUGGUCUGGUGUGUCGAUCUUCAUCUCCGCGAAUGGUGUGGUUUGUGUGACGCGUGAAAAAAUUCCGGGAGGGGCGCGAGCGGUAAACCGUUGAUGGUGUGUGCUCUUUUAGCCCCGAUUCGUGGGGGUUGUUUUUAGGUAGGUGUGUGUUGUUGUUGUCUGCAGUAGAUGGUCUUUUCUUUCUUGUCAAAAUUUUGGAUCCCGAUUCGUGCUUCACGAUGCGGCAGCUCUCCGUCGCAUGCGCCGUGUAUCCGGGAGUCUGUGGGGCUGUAACCUUACAAGUAUGUUGGACGAAGCGUUUGGCGGUUUUCAAUAAUUUUCCGUGCCUUUGGGGCUCGCGCAUAUGUGUAUAUACGCUGGAUACCUUGGCAGGCUCCUCGUGUGUGGGAAUUUCUGGCGGCUGCCACCCCGUCUCUUGUUGACGGCUGGUUGCGUUUUUGAGUUUGGCUGGAAUGCUCCGAAUGGUGUCACAACGCGCUAAUUUUUGCCCUUGGACGUAUCCCAUCCUUUUUGCCGCCGCUCGGUGGCGUAGACUGGGAAGCCCUAGGUUGUGGUGGACGGGACGUUGUGGUGCGUGUUGUCUCUACCUGUAUUACGCGGGGUUGUUCCAUUCGGUGUCGUCUGUGUUGUCACGCCGCCGCCGAUGUGCGUCGUGUGUGUCGGCUCUUUGCAGAACGGGUACAAAAAAGAGUGGUUUUAGAACGGUCUCCUCGCAAAGAAACACGUGAGAUGUAAAAUGUAGUGUAAGAAACCACGAAGACGAGAUGAAAAGGGUAUC